CAACAAAAAAUCUGGCUGUAUAAAGUGGUGCGUCCACUCGAUAUAAAUGCAUUGGUUGACACACAACAGUAGGGACCUUCAUACUUCUACUGCAUAUUGACAAAACAUUAAGUAAGUAUUUCUCUAGAUCUUACGUUGUUUGUGCAGUAUUAGGCCUUUCUUUUUACGCCUGCUACGUUAGGUAAGUCUACUUUGGUUAUGGACUUUACCCCUGGCAUUUGCUCUUCGUUUGAAUGGUUAUUAAUUUACAAUUGUAGCGCUUAGUUUCUUACGUUUUUGUUGCCUGCUAUUACCAAACAGUCCAUCGACUACCUUCGUGGAUAUCAACAUUACUUGAUAUAAUUUGGAAAAGUAUAGCAGUAAAACGUUCCAUAUAACGUUCUAUAUAUAUAUAUUUUUUUUUUUUAAACUUGAGUCGGGUCCUUUGUGUAACGCUAGAGGGCUUUGUUUUGUUCUCACGAAGGGAACAUUGUGUUCAAAUGUGUCAGUCUCGACUGUUAUCGUUUUAUAGGUUGCUAUAUAUAUUAUAGCGAACCUUUUUAGAUUUUUGGAAAUGGUGAUGUGGGAGAUUCGAUUUCCUUUUCGAUUUCCUCUUGGGCUUUGUCCAAGUUCAGAGAAUGAUUCAGCGGCUUUGGAUCCGCCCGCAUCUUGUGAUCAGGAUCAAGUCAAACUAGGAAAAACAGGAGUGAUGCAACCAACCAAGUCACACUUUGCGCAGACUCGGUUUCAGUGUUUGCAUACACGGCAUUCUAGCUAAGUAACGUUAACGUCAGUUCAGAGGGCUGCAGUAUACCAUUUGCAUAGACUUCAAUUAAGGAAAUUAGCUAGUUGUUUUAAUAUGAGUUGUUAUGACUUCUGACUAACAGUCUUUAUGCUCAACUCUUCCUCGCAGUCUAUAGAUCUUGUUUUUCCUUUUCUGUUGGUUCUAAACACAACACACACUUAACAUGUCAGUCAACCAAGCGGACUUUGGCAAUAAUCUGAGGGCAAUGACGAUCUAUAUAUACAUGUAGCUUCUUCACACUGAAAUACAAGGCUGACAGUUCUUCUCUCCCUUCACAGCUGUUCGGCCAUGACGUCACUGUCCUUGGCAGUGUUUGUGCUCUGUGUGAGUGCUGUGUGUGCGGCUCCUAGGUUUGACUCUCAGUUGGAGGACCAUUGGCACCUGUGGAAAAACUGGCACAGCAAGAACUACCAUGAGGUGGGUGUUAUUGAAGCACAAGUAGGGCACCAUAUCACAUCAUAAUAGCGACUCAAGGUCUUAAUGAAUGGCUCAAAUUCAUUAUUUGGUGCAUUGACAACUGUACAUUUCAUGUAGGCCUGUAUUAUUCAUUAUUGCAAAAUGUAGUGACUUAUUUUUUUCCCUGGAUUGUGUUCGUAGUUCUGGGACAGUAUGAUUGUAUGUCAUUCUCUGACCAAGUACACUAAUUUCACAGAGAGAGGAGGGCUGGAGAAGGAUGGUUUGGGAGAAAAACCUAAAGAAGAUUGAGAUGCACAACUUGGAACACACCAUGGGGAAACACUCCUACCGUCUGGGCAUGAACCACUUCGGUGACAUGGUAAGAAGAAGCUCCUUGCUGAGACAUUUUACUGUGGAGCAGGAGGUACAUUUAAGUAGCCUUGUGUUUGCUGUAGCUGAAUCUUUUUGCUAUCAUGCCAUGACAGCAAAGUGUCAGCGUUGACAAUGAAAGCAGACAGAACGUAUUCAGAUGGGUUAGGUUUCUUCCACUAGCAGGUUCUGAAGAAACAGAAACAGAAUAGUGAUCCUGAGAAGGGAACUGAAACUUACUGAUCUUUAUGGUUCAGUGCAUAAUUUAAAAAAAAUGGUGUGUGUGUCCUUAGACAUUGACAACCCCUCAAUGUUCCAUUCAGAUAGUAACUUUAAAAACCCCGGAACACAUCUGACCAGGAAAGACCCACAUUUCCCCCUGUGUAGCUCAGUUGGUAGAGCAUGGCGCUUGCAACGCCAGGGUUGUGGGUUCGAUUCCCACGGGGGGCCAGUAUGAAAAAUGUAUGCACUCACUAACUGCAAGUCGCUCUGGAUAAGAGCAUCUGCUAAAUGACUAAAAUGUUAAAUUUCAACACAACCUUUUUGAUUCCUUCCUUCCUAGACCAAUGAAGAGUUCCGGCAGACGAUGAACGGCUACAAGCAGACGACUGAGAGGAAGUUCAAGGGCUCUCUGUUCAUGGAACCCAACUACCUGCAGGCACCUAAAGCUGUUGAUUGGAGGGAGAAGGGCUACGUCACUCCCGUCAAGGACCAGGUGAGACCUCAAUCACCCAUGAGCCAUGACUCAUUCAUAACCAUACACAGCUGUGUCACUGAACAAAAUUAGACUUUCUGAGGUUUUAUUCCAGAGAACUCUGCCUCUUGUUUGUCCGUUAACCCAUUCCAAGUUGCCACAAGUUGUGUACACAGGAUAUUUGUAGUUGCAGUAAAUGCAUUGCUUACACCCCUACUUUGCUAUUACUUAAUUAUUGCUGCUUUCUUUGAUGUGAAUAGCUAGCAGAUGUAUAACAAUCUCUGCCUCCCUCCCUCAGGGCUCAUGUGGGUCUUGCUGGGCGUUCAGCUGCACCGGGGCCAUGGAGGGCCAGCAGUUCAGGAAGACAGGGAAGCUGGUGUCUCUGAGUGAACAGAACCUGGUGGACUGCUCCAGACCGGAGGGCAAUGAGGGCUGUAACGGUGGCCUCAUGGACCAGGCCUUCCAGUACAUCCAGGACAAUGCCGGCCUGGACACAGAGGAGUCCUACCCCUACGUCGGCAAUGUAAGACCCAUUUCUGUUAUUUUAGCCUGGUCUCCGAUCUAUUUUAAGCUGUAUAACCAACUCUUAUGGUAGUAGUCAUGUUUGGCAUGACAAUAGGAGUCGGCGAGAUGGGGCCAUAAACUCUGUUUAGAAAUCUGGAUUUGUUGUUGAGUGAGGUGCUGACUGAGAAUUCCAUGUUGGGAAAAGUAAAUGAAGGUUUCCACUCUUUUUUGUAAUGGGAUUUAGGCUAUUUCAACCAGAAUGACUGCAUUGCUUGAUUCAAAAACUAAUAAUGACUAUUGAUCCUCUAUUUCCCCAGGAUGAGGACCCUUGCCACUACAAGCCAGAGUUCAGUGCUGCCAACGACACUGGCUUCGUGGACAUCCCCAGUGGCAAGGAGCAUGCUAUGAUGAAAGCUGUGGCUGCAGUCGGUCCUGUCUCUGUUGCCAUCGAUGCCGGCCAUGAGUCCUUCCAGUUCUAUGAGUCUGGUGAGUAGCAAAAAAGCGACGCUAUAUAUAUGUGUGUGUGUGUGUGUGUGUGUUACUUCCUCAACUUUAUUUAGAUUCCCUACCUCCUAUUUUUGAGUAGCAGUGAGCUUCACUGGUCCACUGUCCGGUUCACACUGUAGCUAAUGCAUAGCUCUGUCUUUCAAAACCAUCAAGUAAAGUGUUACCAAAGUUUUGUAGUUUUGCCAACUAGCAUAUUUCGCAUUGAGAUCAGAUGGUUGUACAUCCAUACGCUGAGGUAAACUCAUUUUAGCCCCUCUAAUGUAACUAUGUCCUCUCCCUCUAGGGAUCUACUAUGAGAAGGAGUGCAGCAGUGAGGAGUUGGACCAUGGCGUUCUAGUGGUGGGAUACGGUUUCGAAGGAGAGGAUGUGGAUGGCAAGAAAUACUGGAUCGUCAAGAACAGGUACAGAGGUUCAUUGCCUUUAUUUGAAUACAGUGUUGGUCUGAUACUAUGGUCUAUAAGUCAUUCAUUGCUCUAAAGCGACAGUAAAUCUAAUGAUCAUUUCCUACUAACUCCAACAGAGAAGCUAACAGAUUGUUUGUCUUUUCCUCAGCUGGAGCGAGAAGUGGGGAGACAAAGGCUACAUCUACAUGGCCAAAGACAGGAAGAACCACUGUGGUAUCGCCACGGCAGCCAGCUACCCACUGGUGUAGUGUUUUUAGAACCAGGAGGUGUUCUAGAGUUUUAUAAAUGUUCAGAAAGGGCCAUGAUGACUACAGCGCUGCCUUAUUAAGUCUGUGAAAGGCACUAGUGAAACCUUCUGCAUGGGUUUUAAAGAAACACAGUUUUAGGGAAUCUAUGAAAUUCUACCCAUUUUUGUUUUAUACUUGAUUGUGUGUGUAAUACACAUAUAUAUAGUUAGUUAUAGUUGAGUCAAGUAAAUGUUACAGGUGUAACCUCUGUGUACAUUCCUAGUUUACUGCUUUUACACCUGUUCUGUAAAAAUGUUGUACAUACAUAUGAGCAAAAUAAACCUCUUUUUAAAAUUGA